GCUUUGUGCAUGUGAUGUUAGCACAAUCACAAUAUUAUUUUUUUCCUGCGGAACGUCCUGUACCGUAUCUGUACAGUUACACAUCUCACAGAGGAAGAGAAACUCCGGGGAGAAACUUUUGCUUGAAGAAUAAAGGGCAUUAAUAAUUAAGGAGGUACUUCAAGUAACCAACACUGUGAUAAUGGGACAUCCUGCUGUAAUGAAGAAUAGAGAGUAAAAGCCUUCAGAGACAAAAAAAUCAUUCUACCUGUGGUCCAGAAGUACAGUAAAACUCAGUUGGCAGCAAUGGAUAUACAGAAAUCUGUUCUCAUGGGAAGACUUCUCAUUGGAAGGCAACUUGAAACUUACAACUGGCAUAGAAAGAAAUUCCAUAGGUGCUGCAAAGCUAAGUAUAGGUCAGGCAAGGCAGUCAUGCUUACAAGCACUACAUACAUGAAUAUUACCAGCAACAGUAGUCUCCAUCAAGGACACAAACAGUUGGCAUAUUUGAGCGCCAGAUUCCACUCUUCUAAAGGUAAUAGUAGGAAGGAGAAUGGUAUGUCUUUGGCAACCCUUUAUCAUGCAGCUGGGUCUGUUAGCAACUCUGUACAAAGGAAGAUUGUGGAUGGAGUAUUCACUCCUGUCAUCUUGUACAGUUAUCAGCUGAUACCAAAGCUCUCUUCCAGAGAUCACAAAGUGUUAAGCCAAAAGAGGGUUGACCAAGAGCGACAGAAUCUUCAAUUUCAGAAUGAGAAGGUAGAUGAAAAACUGGUGCCAAAUGUUGAAAACCACAAAAUACCUCAAAUUACUAAUCCUCCAAAGGUAGGGGAAAGACUAAAUGAAAGCAAAGCUGUAAAAUUUGACACACCUGAAUCAGAGAAAAAGGCUGCAGCUUACUGGGUUGAGUUGCCAUCCCUGAAGAAGUAUGCAUCAGAAAUGGGCUUUUCAGCAGCACGUGUGCUUCAUCAAAAGAGAUUUGCAGAUGCUGUAGCAUCAGAGGAUCAUGAAGAAAAUAAACCUUUGAGGAAGAGCCAGUUUGAUUCAGAACAAUAUCAAUCAGAAUCACAACCCAUUACCUCAUCAGAAUGUGUAACAGACACUAAAGAUCCCAAGCAGUUAAAUGAAAAUACUUAUCAAGAUAAUGAUGCAAGCUCUACCUCAUAUGUACAGGAUAAUGUAAAGUCCGCAGCUGAAGUUGCCCACCCAUCAUCAAGUAGUGUUUAUAAUAUCUUUAAAAAGUUUGGUUUCACAUCAUCAUCUGCAGCUGUUAGUUCAUCAUCAAUAAGUAGUGAUUCAGAUAAAGAUAUGGCAACUCAUGAAGUUACUAUGCCUAGUAAUCCUGAGAAUUCCAGAAUAGCAGUGAAAUAUGAGGAUUCUGCAAGACAGAGUGCAUCAGCUUCAAGAGUGCUGUCAGAGGAAUCUGAUGAUUCAGGCAAGAAACAGGGCACUGCCUCUUACAUUUAUAACAAUUACAACCUCAAGUACAUUCAGGUAAAUCUUUUCAGGUCACCAAACUCACUCUUAUCAAUUAAGAAAAAGCAGAAACCUGUUGUUACUCUGCCUGCAAGCGAAGACAGCACUGCAUAUUUUGAUUCAGAUAUUCCAUUAUUGGACAUGACUGAAGCUUUGAAUAGCAAGGAUGCAUCAGGAGUUGUUGGUAAUACAGGAAGCACACCAUCAGCUGUGGUUGAUAAGAGCAAGAGAUAUGCUGCUGUUGCAGACAAGAUCAAGGAGGAAAAUGCAAAGAUGAAGGCAGCUGAAGUAGACAAGUCUUCAAGAAAGAUAGUAAGACCAGUCAUCUCAAAGGCCAAUGUAGAUGCCAGGACCAAGUCUCUAGCUCAAGGAAUCACCUCUGCAACCUCUAAUGCCUCCCGUCUCAUGAAGAUUGAACGUCUGUGCAAUCACCUCAUUCAGUACCCAGAGUCAAGACAAGCUGCCAUACAGGAAAGGCUUAUACCAACACUCCUGAAGGUAAAACAGAAGAAUAAAGAUACUGCUAUCCUUGCUCAGGUUCAUCAACUACUUGCUCAGUUGGGUUAUGCCUCUCCAGUCCAUAACAGAGGUAUCAGGAUUCUCUCGGUUGAUGGUGGAGGUUCAAGGGGUAUCAUUGCCAUUGAGAUUCUGAGAGAGCUUGAGAAACAAUCUGGCAAGCCAGUCCAUGAGAUGUUUGAUUACAUCAUUGGUGUCAGUUCAGGUGCUGUGUUAGUCUACCUAUUAGCAUAUGCCAAGGCAUCUCUUGAUGUAUGUGAACAACUCUUCAAGGAGUUUAGUGUGGAAGUCUUCAAGAGGAAUACACUACUAGGUACCAGCAAACUCUUUUUCAGUCAUGCCUUCUAUGAUACAGAUGCUUGGAUGAGGAUAUUAAGGAGUCACAUGCAUGGUCUUGGACAAAUCCCAGCUAUAGAAAUGUCACAGGAUCCAAACUGUCCAAAGGUUGCUGCUUUAGCUACACUAAUGAAUGCAGGACCUAUCAAGAACUACCUCUUCCGUAACUACAACCCACCUCCUAAUACUACAUCCUUCUAUCAAGGUUCAUCAAAGUAUCAACUUUGUGAGGGUCUUAGGGCAUCCUCAGCUGCUCCUGGUUACUUUGAAGAAUACAAACUCAAUGAUCAUGUCUUUCAGGAUGGUGGUGUACUAACAAACAACCCCAGUGCUCUAGGCUUACAUGAGAGUAAGCUACUAUGGCCAGACACACCCAUUCAAUGUGUUGUGUCACUUGGUACAGGACGCUAUGACCCUAUGGAAGAAGGACUAGAGUCGCCAGAGUAUAGCAGUCUAAAAAAGAAGCUUUACCAGAUUAUGAUCAGUGCUACAGACACAGAAUCUGUGCACACAACCCUCCAAGACUUGCUCCCAGCUGGAUCCUACUUUCGCUUUAACCCUCUAAUGUCUGAAGACUUCCUUCUUGAUGAGAAUCGUCCAGAGAAGCUUGACCAGCUUCAGCAGGAAGCUUUAGACUUUGUGUCCAUCAAUGAAUUGAGAAUCAUGCAGGCAGCUGGGGUACUGACUAGGGAGAAGUCCAGUCUUCAGAAAGCAAUGGAUUGGGUCAAACUUCAAAAGGACAUGUACCACUGACCAGGUUCUACAAGUCAUUCAAGACCUUUUGACCAUGAAAUGAAUUGAGAGCCGUGAAGCAAGUGUCCCAUGCUCUGUACAUCAUGUUGCUUUGCAGGUUAUGAAAAAUUGCAAUGUCGUAGAACUGUGUUUACAUGUAGUUAUUAUUUUGAUUACCAAAUUAAUUCAUCAAAAUUUUUAAUUGGUGUUUUUUAGAGCGUAUGAUUUGCAAUCUCAUAAGACACAAUUAGAUUGAUGAGCAGAACCCUACUGUAAGGGUAGUGUUGAUUGCACUUACACAUUAAUUAUAUCACUGGUCUGAUGAUAGCAAUAAUAAUAAUGCAGUUCUUGUAUUAGCGCAUAUCACAUGAACAUCCCUAAGUGACUUGAAUAUUGUUACCCUGGCUGUAGCCCUGCUUCCUUUAAAAGCACAGAAGCAUUUCAGGGAAUAAAUACUGGUUUAACUCAUCUAGGUUGAGUGAGGACAAUGUGGAUGAAUUUCUUGUCAAAUGAAAUUAUGCCAUAACUGGGAUUUUAACCCCUCUGUUUCAAAGUUAGAAGACUAAUCCACUGGGCCACAAUUCUUAACAUAAUACAUGUUAAUAUUCAGUUCUACUCUAUUAACAGAGCUAUCAUGAUAUUGAUAAUAGACUGCCAGACACUGUGGCCCGAAUUCACGAAAAACCUAGCUCAUAGUUUUUGGUUGUUUAAACCCCCUCCUGGUUUAAACCCCAAGCUGGGUUUUUCAUUUGCGUUUCACAAAGGAGGUUUAACCUCCUUUGUGAAUUUGGGCCUGUAUGACCUGCUAAGCUAUGGUGUGAUUUCAACUAUUCACAUAGAAAUAUUUUUUUUUGUACAUGUAGGUUUUGAAUCAUCCUUAAUAAAUUGAAUUGGAAUUAGGGCAUCAUUUCAUGUAUACCACCUUGUAUAAAAAGGCAAUAUAUUGGUUCUGGAUUGUAACAACAUCAAAGCAGUCGUGUUAUUUGCUAUGAUUUGAAUUUAAUGUGGCAUUUGUUCAUGAUGAAGGGUUGACUUUGCGCAAAAUGCAUGUUCAGAAUAUUGUUUUAAAACAUAAAUUGAGUAGAUUUAACAGUGAAAAUGUGUACCCGGUAAUCUAAUUCUUUCUGGGUUUAUUUAAAAUCAAAUUGCUGUUUUAUAUUGCAGAAUAUGAUAUAAUUUAGCUCCAUUCAAGUACAUCAUACAUUGAAAUUUAGUUUAUCUAAGGAUUCCAUGACAAAAGUGAUACAUCUUGAAUCCACAACUUGUGGAACUAUUGUUGCAGUCCCAAAAGUGGCAAAGGGGUCAUUGAAUGUGAAAAGAAAAGUGCAUAUGUGGUACAUGUAGAUUGUACUACAAAGGUUCAUUUUUGGCAAUUAAUUAGUUAGGAUGAGAGUGAUUCACUCUACUGUGAUGUAUGUGAUUGUACCAGUAUGCUGUACUUGCAUUGUUAGAUGUGAUGCAAAUCAUCUGCACCAGUGACCUUGAGUCAUACUAGUGUAGACUGAAGCAUACACACUCUUUAACAAGAGAUUUGUUUGAAAUCAAUGGAAAUCAAAAGUUUACCAUUAAUAUUUUUGUGAAUUUUGAUUGUUCAAAAAGUGAAAUCAUAGUUCAGCAAGGCCCUUGGGACAAUAAAACUGAAAUUAUCUUAGCAUUUUUUUUUUUAUUUUAUGUUAUGAAAACCCCCUCAACAAUACAAUACUUUGACCAGGGCUUGACAUUUUAUAUAUUAUCAAAUUUCGAUAAUUACUGGUAACUUCAAGACAGUAUUAAAAGUAUUUUAUCCUUUGAUAUUUUUAAAAAUAUAUUACAGUGUAUUAUUGAAAGUAACAAAUAUUGCAGAUUGUAUUGGAAUACCAGAACAAAUGUAUGACAGGCCAGUGUACACUGAUUGGUUUUCAUGUUUUGACCUCCCACUGAAGGAAAAGUGCUUGAUUCUUAAAGAAUAUAUACAUACAUGUAAGUCUGUUUGUUCAAUUGUAGAGUUAAAAAGUAAAUGCAAGGAUGUUGCAUGUCCAUUAUUACAUUUUCAAGACCAAUUCAUGUGCUUAUUUUCUAAAAUCUUAACAACUUAAACAAUUUCCCAUGGCUAUGUUCACCCCCCUCCCCCCCCAAAAAAAUGUUAGUUCUACUACAAUUUGUACAAAAAUGUCAAGUGUAAUUGAGGAUUGGAUAAUUUCCUUUCACGUGCUGCUAUCCCUUGAGACUUCAUUGCCAUACUGUAUAUAAAUGUCAUUUAUGGACAAAUAACAGUCUUUUCAUAGUGGUAGAGCUACAUUAUGCUGCAAUUAUACAUUUUAUGUGAAGACAUCAAGUUGCCAACUCCUUACACCUGUACAUUUUUCCAGAAAUCCUUUUAUCCAAUUCGAGACACCACAAUCUUUAAUUAAUGCACGUUGCUUCUAUUUUACAAGGGUACAUCUUUGUAUUGUUUAUAUUUUCCCAGACUGCAUGGAGCAGUGUAUACAUGUAAAGUGAAAUGAACAGUGAAAAUCCUCAAUGUAUUAUGUGAUAUGAGUGUCUGUCCUUGUACAAAAUACAUGUAGAGAUAAAUAUUUUUGUGAUUGACAUUUAAGUAUUUGGUUACUCUUUUCUCCCAAAGUAAUGGAUUGGUAAAAUCCAGGAAUCAAAACUUUCUAAUAAUCUUCAAAUUGUUGCAAUAUUUUGCUUAACCAGGACGAAAGUUUUAAAACCAGAAAUGGUUCGAAAAUCUGUUUUAACACAUUAUGUGUGUUUAUACCAUUAA